AUGACCUCGAUAACCUUCUCAGGCUCGACUGCCAUGCUACGACAUCACGCUGUGCUGCUUGCUCGCUGUGGGUUGCUGCUGAAAAGAAUGCAAAGAGAAGUCAGUUAG